AAAUCCGCAUUUGCAGUUAACAUCGUACAGUUCACUCCUAAAGCCUCUUCAAGUCUUGUGAAGUAUUGAAGCACAAUCUGAGAUGGCGGCAGUGGCACUGAACGGAGUGACACUUGGUACGACGUCGCAGGCUUACUUAGAAAGCAAACCAGUCAACGACACCAAGGUUCUGAUAUCCGACCUGUGCCGCCAGUUCUACAACCUCGGAUGGGUGUCCGGUACCGGUGGAAGCAUCACUAUCAAAGUCCAUGAUGACUCGAUUCCUAAGCCUCAGCAACUCGUCAUCAUGUCUCCUUCUGGCGUUCAGAAGGAGAGAAUGUUACCAGAGGACAUGUAUGUGUUAUCUCCCACUGGGUCUGUCCUGCGUUCUCCUUCUCCAAAGCCUUAUCCGAACAAGCCUCCCAAGUGUUCCGACUGUGGUCCACUCUUCAUGAAGGCAUAUGAGAUGUGCAAUGCGGGAGCUGUUAUUCAUAGCCAUGGCAUCGAAUCUUGUCUUGUAACCAUGAUCAAUCCAUCAUCCAAAGAAUUUCGAAUUACUCACAUGGAGAUGAUCAAAGGAAUCAAGGGGCAUGGUUAUUAUGAUGAACUUGUGGUCCCAAUAAUAGAGAAUACUGCCUAUGAGUAUGAGCUCACAGAGUCCCUUGCCAAAGCUAUUGCAGCAUACCCAAAAGCAACAGCCGUGCUUGUUCGUAACCAUGGUGUCUAUAUAUGGGGAGACUCAUGGAUCAAUGCUAAGACUCAGGCGGAAUGCUAUCAUUAUCUCUUUGAUGCUGCUAUCAAACUUAACCAGUUGGGUUUGGAUUGGUCCACUCCACUUCAUGGUCCGAUACAUUCAGGACGCAUUAAGGGUAGAUUUGUAUCUGUAAAGGCAGGGACUGUGGAUCCAGAUAACAAAUCAAAACCAGCUCCGCGUUGUAUUGUUCUUGACAUUGAGGGGACCACUACUCCCAUAUCAUUUGUGACUGAUGUUCUCUUUCCAUAUGCUCGCGAUAAUGUAGAGAGGCAUUUGUCUGAAACAUAUGACAGUGCAGAAACAAAGGAUGACAUAAAAUUACUGCGAUCCCAGGUUCAAGAUGACCUGGAAAAAGGCGUUGCUGGUGCUGUUCCCAUCCCUUCUAACGAAGCUGGGAAAGAGAAGGUUGUUUGUGCUUUGGUUGCUAAUGUUGAAUCAAUGAUAAAAGCCGAUCACAAGAUCACAGCAUUGAAACAAUUGCAAGGUCAUAUAUGGCGAACUGGAUUUGAAAAGAACGAAUUGAAGGGUAUAGUGUUUGAGGAUGUACCAGAAGCUCUCAUGAAAUGGCAUGAUGAGGGCAUAAAGGUUUACAUAUACUCCAGCGGUAGUAGGUUGGCUCAAAGGCUUUUAUUUGGCUACUCGAACUAUGGGGACCUGAGAAAAUAUUUGUCUGGAUUUUUUGACACCACAGUGGGGAACAAAAGAGAAACCAAAAGUUAUGCUGAGAUCGCAGAAUCUGUUGGAGUUGAUAGACCAUCAGAGGUUUUGUUUCUAACAGAUGUCUUUCAAGAAGCUGUAGCUGCAAAAGCAGCAGGAUUGGAAGUGAUUGUAUCUAUCAGACCAGGAAAUGGGCCUCUUCCAGACUCUCAUGGAUUCAAGACGAUCACUUCUUUCUCAGAGAUCUAAACGUGCUUAUCUAACCAUGUAAAACACACAUAAACCUGAAUAAGUACAUGAAUAAGAUAUCCAGCUGUUCCAGUUUUGGAUCAUAUGAUAUGGUCAUAUAUGAUCAGUCUGUUCCUUGGUUUCA